CGUGUCAGACAGUUGUUUCUUCCCCUGUCUUGUAAUUCCUUAUUUUUGGGGGGGCUUUUCCCCCCCUCUUAUUUUCCUUCUUCCUCCCAUUCACCUAUAGGAAUACCGCCGGAAUACAUUUAUGGUAAAUGAAAGCAAAAACAUGUACAUCCCGGAGGACACCCUUGAGAACCAUCAAGGCUCCGACUACUCUCCUCCUCCCCCUCUUCCUCGUGCUCCACCCGCCGGCCUGGCCAACGAGCACAGGGCCGGUGGCAGCCAUGGUGACCACAGUGGAGGAGGGGGAGGGGUCAACCACGGCGUGGGUGUGGUUGGCCUUGCCCCGGAGCACAUCCCCACGCCGGGUGCGGCCCUGAGCUGGCAGGCAGCCAUCGAUGCUGCGAGGCAAGCGAAGAUGAUGGGCAACGCCGCGUCAGGUGGAGGGGCGGGACUUGGGUCAGGAGGGGGCGGGCCCAUUUCUACAGCCAGCUCCACGCAAAGGAAGAGACAGCACUACACUACCAAACCCAAGAAACAAACCACAACGACAGCCACGAGGCCGCCACGGGCCCUGCUCUGCCUCACACUCAAGAACCCCAUCCGAAGGGCCUGCAUCAGCAUCGUGGAGUGGAAACCAUUUGAGAUCAUCAUCCUGAUGACCAUCUUCGCCAACUGUGUGGCCUUAGCUGUGUACAUCCCUUUCCCCGAGGAUGAUUCGAAUGCCACUAACUCCAACCUGGAGCGUGUGGAGUAUCUGUUCCUAAUCAUUUUUACAGUGGAGGCGUUCCUCAAGGUAAUAGCCUACGGCCUGCUCUUCCACCCCAACGCCUACCUGAGGAACGGCUGGAAUCUGCUCGACUUCAUCAUCGUAGUUGUAGGGUUAUUCAGUGCAAUUUUGGAGCAGGCCACAAAGGGAGACGGGGCCACUCCUAUUGGAGGGAAGGCGGCGGGCUUUGAUGUCAAGGCUCUGAGGGCAUUCAGGGUACUCAGACCCCUCAGACUGGUCUCUGGAGUACCGAGUUUACAGGUAGUGUUGAACUCCAUAAUCAAAGCCAUGGUUCCUCUGCUCCAUAUCGCGCUCCUGGUCCUCUUCGUCAUCAUCAUCUACGCCAUCAUUGGCCUGGAGCUCUUCAUGGGAAAGAUGCACAAGACCUGCGCUCACAACCAAACAGGUGCCAUUGCAGAGGAAAAGCCGGCACCAUGCGCACCCGAUGUAGCUUACGGUCGGCACUGUACGCAGAAUGGAACAAAGUGCCAAAUGGGAUGGGAGGGUCCGAACGAGGGCAUCACCAACUUUGACAAUUUUGCCUUUGCCAUGCUGACAGUGUUCCAGUGUAUAACUAUGGAAGGCUGGACGGACGUGCUGUACUGGAUGCAGGAUGCUAUGGGCUAUGAGCUGCCAUGGGUCUAUUUUGUCUCUCUUGUCAUCUUCGGCUCUUUUUUCGUUCUCAACCUUGUUCUGGGUGUUUUGAGCGGAGAGUUUUCCAAGGAAAGAGAGAAGGCCAAGGCUCGCGGUGACUUCCAGAAACUUAGAGAAAAACAGCAACUGGAGGAGGACCUCAAGGGCUAUUUAGACUGGAUCACUCAGGCAGAAGACAUUGACCCAGAGAAUGAAGAGGAGGGAUUAGACGAUGACAAGCCCAGAAACCUUAGCAUGCCGGCCAGUGAGAAUGAGUCCGUCAACACAGAUAACGCCCCCGGGGGAGACGUGGAGGGGGAGACCUGCUGCACCCGGCUGGCAAAUAGGAUCUCCAAAUCCAAGUUCAGUCGCUACUCUCGGAGGUGGAACAGGUUGUGUAGGAGGAAGUGUCGCGCAGCGGUCAAGUCGCAGGUUUUUUAUUGGCUGGUCAUCUUCCUGGUUUUUCUCAACACGCUGACCAUCGCUUCUGAACAUCACCAGCAGCCUCAGUGGCUAACUGAUGUGCAAGACAUAGCCAAUAAAGUUUUAUUAGCUCUCUUCACCGGUGAGAUGCUGCUCAAGAUGUACAGUCUCGGCCUACAGGCAUACUUUGUGUCCCUCUUCAAUCGGUUCGACAGCUUUGUAGUGUGUGGGGGAAUCCUCGAAACGAUUCUAGUGGAAACAAAGAUCAUGUCUCCUCUCGGCAUCUCCGUGUUACGUUGUGUACGCUUGCUCAGAAUCUUCAAAAUAACCAGAUACUGGAACUCUCUUUCCAACCUUGUAGCUUCACUUCUCAACUCAGUUCGCUCCAUCGCCUCCCUGCUGCUCCUGCUCUUCCUCUUCAUCAUCAUCUUCUCACUGCUGGGCAUGCAGCUCUUUGGGGGGAAGUUCAACUUUGAUGAGACCAGGCGAAGCACCUUUGACAACUUCCCCCAGUCUCUGCUCACCGUGUUUCAGAUUCUAACAGGAGAGGACUGGAACUCUGUUAUGUAUGAUGGUAUCAUGGCGUACGGCGGUCCAUCUUUUCCAGGCAUGCUGGUCUGCAUUUACUUUAUCAUCCUCUUCAUCUGCGGGAACUAUAUUCUGCUGAAUGUCUUCUUGGCCAUCGCUGUGGACAACCUGGCAGAUGCCGAGAGUCUCACAUCAGCCCAGAAAGAAGAGGAGGAGGCAAAGGAGAGGAAAAAACUAGCCAGGCUCGCCAGUCCAGAAAAGCGCCAAGAGAACGAGAAGCCACCUUUGGAGGAAAAGAAGAGCGAAAAGAUAGAGCUGAAGUCCAUCACUUCUGAUGGGGAGACCAACACAGCCACUAAGAUCAACAUGGAUGACUGCUGUGGAGAUGAAAGUGAAGAAAAGAACCCUUACCCUGCAAAUGAUUACAUAGGAGAUGAGGAUGAGGAUGAGCCUGAAAUGCCUGUUGGUCCGAGGCCGAGGCCACUCUCUGACAUUCAGCUGAAAGAGAAGGCUGUUCCCAUGCCUGAGGCUCGCGCAUUCUUCGUCUUCAGCCACACCAACAAAUUCAGGGUUCUGUGCCACAAGAUCGUCAACCACAACAUCUUCACCAACCUCAUCCUCUUCUUCAUCCUGCUCAGCAGCAUCAGUCUGGCAGCAGAGGAUCCAGUCAAGAACGACUCCUUCAGAAACCAGAUCCUGGGCUAUGCAGAUCAUGUCUUCACUGGGCUCUUCACCAUAGAGAUCAUUUUAAAGAUGACAGCGUAUGGAGCCUUCCUCCAUAAAGGCUCAUUCUGCAGAAAUUAUUUCAACAUUCUGGACUUAGUGGUAGUCAGUGUGUCUCUCAUCUCUUCUGGCAUCCAGUCCAGUGCGAUUAAUGUGGUAAAGAUUCUGAGAGUCCUGCGAGUGCUUAGACCACUGAGAGCCAUCAACAGAGCAAAAGGACUCAAGCAUGUGGUGCAGUGUGUGUUUGUGGCCAUUAGAACCAUUGGUAACAUCGUCAUCGUCACCACGCUGCUCCAGUUCAUGUUUGCCUGUAUUGGAGUGCAGCUCUUCAAGGGCAAGUUCUUCUAUUGUACAGACAGCUCUAAGCAGACUCAGGCAGAGUGCAGGGGUUCUUAUAUCAUGUAUAAGGACGGUGAUGUGGGGAAGCCUGAAAAAGCCCUGAGACUUUGGGAGAACAGUGAUUUCAACUUUGACGACGUCCUGCAGGGAAUGAUGGCCCUGUUUGCUGUGUCUACGUUUGAGGGCUGGCCAGGGUUACUGUACCGAGCCAUCGACUCCCACGCAGAGGACGUCGGUCCCAUCUACAACUACCGCGUGGUCAUUUCCAUCUUCUUCAUCAUCUACAUAAUCAUCAUUGCCUUUUUCAUGAUGAACAUUUUCGUUGGUUUCGUCAUCGUCACGUUCCAAGAGCAAGGAGAGCAAGAGUAUAAGAACUGUGAGCUGGACAAGAACCAGCGGCAGUGUGUGGAGUACGCCCUGAAGGCUCGCCCUCUGCGUCGCUACAUACCCAAGAACCCUUACCAGUACAAGGUGUGGUACGUGGUCAACUCCACCUACUUUGAGUACCUGAUGUUCACACUCAUCCUUCUCAACACCAUCUGUCUGGCUAUGCAGCAUCAUGGGCAGACCAAAAAUUUUAACGAUGCAAUGAACAUCCUCAACAUGCUCUUCACCGGAUUGUUCACGGUGGAGAUGAUCCUUAAACUGAUCGCCUUCAAACCCAGGGGGUACUUUAGUGAUCCCUGGAAUGUGUUUGAUUUCCUCAUCGUAAUUGGCAGCAUUAUAGACGUCAUUCUCAGUGAGAUCAACCAUUAUUUUGUUGAUGCAUGGAACACAUUUGAUGCCUUGAUAGUUGUGGGUAGCAUUGUUGACAUAGCGAUCACUGAGGUUAACCCAGCUGAUUCCUCCUCGUCCUCUUCGUCCUCCUCUUCCUCCUCUUCCUCUUCUCACCCCCCUGUGGUAAGGCAAAUGGGUCUUCAGAAUUCUGAGGAGAAUGCCAGGAUCUCCAUUACCUUCUUUCGGCUGUUCCGUGUGAUGAGGCUGGUGAAGCUGUUGUCUCGUGGUGAAGGGAUUCGGACCCUGCUGUGGACCUUCAUAAAAUCCUUCCAGGCUCUGCCCUACGUAGCAUUGCUUAUAGUGAUGCUCUUCUUCAUUUACGCAGUCAUUGGCAUGCAGAUGUUUGGUAAGAUAGCUCUGCGGGACCACACGCAAAUCAACAGGAACAACAAUUUCCAGACAUUCCCUCAGUCGGUGCUGCUGCUCUUCAGAUGUGCGACAGGUGAAGCGUGGCAGGAGAUCAUGCUGGCAUGUUCACCCAAUCGGCCGUGUGAGAAGGGCUCGACCAACGAAAACAGCACGGCCAGCGAGGACUGCGGCAGCCAAUUCGCCAUCAUUUACUUCGUCAGCUUCUACAUGCUUUGUGCCUUUCUGAUCAUCAACCUGUUUGUGGCUGUCAUCAUGGACAAUUUUGACUACCUGACGCGUGAUUGGUCAAUUCUGGGGCCGCAUCACCUUGAUGAGUUUAAGAGAAUCUGGGCUGAAUAUGACCCAGAAGCUAAGGGGAGGAUUAAACAUUUGGAUGUGGUCACUCUGCUACGAAGAAUCCAGCCUCCUCUCGGCUUCGGAAAGCUCUGUCCACACAGGGUGGCAUGCAAGCGGUUGGUGUCAAUGAACAUGCCUCUGAACAGCGAUGGAACCGUGAUGUUCAACGCCACGCUGUUUGCUUUGGUCAGAACAGCACUCAGGAUCAAAACAGAGGGUAAUCUGGAGCAGGCAAAUGAAGAACUGAGAGCAAUUGUGAAAAAGAUCUGGAAAAGAACCAGCAUGAAGCUCUUGGAUCAAGUAGUGCCCCCUGCUGGUGAUGAUGAGGUAACAGUCGGAAAGUUUUACGCCACCUUCCUCAUCCAGGAAUAUUUCCGCAAGUUUAAAAAGAGGAAAGAACAAGGACUGGUGGCCAAGGUGCCCCCCAAAACUGCCCUUUCUCUGCAGGCGGGCCUGCGGACGUUGCAUGACAUCGGUCCAGAGAUUAGGAGGGCGAUCUCUGGAGACCUGAACGUGGAAGAGGAGCUGGACAAAGACCUGAAGGAGCCCGUGUCAGCAGCGUCCGAGGACGAUAUCUUCAGGGUAAAGCGUUCUGGUGGCCUGUUCGGCAAUCAUGUCAACUACUACAACCAGAGUGAUGGCCGAGGGUCCUUCCCACAGUCCUUCACCACCCAGCGUCCCUUGCACAUCAGCCAAAAGGGGUCCCCGUGCAAAGGCGAGAGCCCGUCUCAUGAGAAACUAAUGGACUCAACCACCUUCACCCCUUCCUCUUACUCCUCAUCAGGCUCAAACGCCAACAUUAACAAUGCCAACAACACCGGCAUGACGGGAGUGGUAACCCAGGGCGGCAGUCGAUUCCCGAGCCCGUCUAUAAGCACCGUGGACGGCCAUAGUGGGCAGCCACUCACCCCCAUCCUGCUGCCAAAAUCUGCAUGGUGCUUCCCUCCAAAGAGCUCGGAGUCAAGUGACAGUCAUCUGCCAAUCAUCCAGAGAGGGGAGGGGUCCACAGAGGAGACGUACGAUGAGAGCUAUGGUGACGACAGGGAGUACCAGGAAGAUGACCACUCACUUUCUUCUGACAUGUUGGUGUAUCACGAUGAAACAUGCAAACAGCUGGCUCCCAUGGAGGAAGCAGAAGAAGUAGAGGAGCAAAGAAGAGGACGAGGAUGGCAGUCUCCGCGAAGAGUCUUCCUCUGCCCAACAACUCUGGGUCGGAGAUCAUCGUUCCAUCUAGAGUGUCUCAGGAGACACUCAAGACCAGACAUUUCCCAGAAGACGUCCGUCCCCUUGCAUCUUGUACAUCAACAGGCUCUGGCCGUAGCAGGGUUAAGUCCGCUACUGAGGAGGAGUCACUCACCCACUCUUUUCAGUCGGCUGUGCUCCACACCUCCAGCCAGCUCCACAGCUCAAUGUAGUGAUGCCUCCUACCAGCGAGUUCCCUCUCUGAGGCUAGACGGUGCCAACUCUCAUGAAAAGCUCAACGCAAGCUUGCCUUCUGUCAACUGUGGGCCCUGGUACAGCGACAGUAAUGAGAACAGCCCAGUAUCCAGCCCCAGUCCCCCGCCGAGCAAGUUGGUGUCCGGUCAAAGAGCGCCACGGCCGGUGUCGCUAACAGUGCCCUCUCUUGUGAGGAAAGACUCCGGCUCGCUCUCUCACGGCAGCGCAGGCAGUCUGGUGGAAGCGGUUCUAAUAUCAGAAGGUUUGGGUCAUUUUGCCCAGGACCCAUCGUUCAUCGAGGCAACCAAAGCCGAACUGGCUGACGCCUGUGACAUGACCAUUGAGGAGAUGGAGCACGCGGCCAACAACAUUCUCAACAGCAACACAACCACAAACACCCCAUCCAGCACCUCUUCAACUUCUCAGCACAGCCCUAAUGGCAGCCUCCCCUUCCACAGAGCAGCAGCAGCAACACAUAGAGACCGAGCUGUCAGCUUAAGCCCCGGAGAAGGCGGGGCCGAGGCCGGAGGAAGCAGAGGCUACGUCCACGAGCCGUCCUCUAUAGAGGAGCGGCAGGAACUGCUUGCCAGUGGGAGAGGGCAAGAAGAGGAGGAGGAGGAGGCAGGAGGGAGGGACGAGAGGCAUCACAUAGGUUCAGCUGUGAUUGCAGGAGUGCUGCAGAACAACAGCGAGCUUUUAGAGGAUGAGGAUAUGGAGUGUGUGACGAGCUUGUAGGUGUUGCCUCGUUAUGUCAAACGAGCGAACAGGCCGCUCUGACAUCAUCAGAGACCGAUGGCCCGUCAGCGCUGGCUCACAGUGCCACGGCUGGCUCUGUUUGUCCCCACGCCUCACAGACUCUGUCGCUCU